AUGUCUGCAAUAAACACAUUGACAUCUACCAAUGACAAUAUUGACGGCGAAACGGUGGUAAAUGGAGAAACGGAAACCAAAGCAUUCUAUGAAUUGCUGCCCUCUAAAAAUGUCGAGCCACUAUGGCUCAAACUCGAAAAGUUCGUUCCUCCUAAACCAAAUCCAGUCUCCGUCCCAGCCAUCUGGCGAUACAAAGAGAUCCUUCCAUCCUUGAUGGAAGCAGGCCGCAUCGUUCCAGUAGAAGAGGCUGAACGUCGAGUUCUCAUGCUCGUCAACCCAGCCAUGAAAUCCCCACACACUACCGACACCAUCUACGGCGGUCUUCAAAUCGUCCUUCCGGGAGAAAUUGCUCCUGCUCACCGGCACUCGGCGUUUGCCUUGCGCUUCAUCAUCGAAAGCACCAAGGGAUACACUGCUGUUGAAGGAGAAAAGGUUAUGAUGAAGCGAGGGGAUGUUAUUCUCACUCCAAGUUGGCAUUGGCAUGAUCAUGGUAAUGAGGGUGACGAUCCGGUGAUCUGGCUUGAUGGUCUAGAUCUACCGCUUUUCGGAACUUUCAAGCUGAAUUUUUUCAAUGGCUACCCAGAGCCCAAGUACCCGAGUCAUUUGGUUGACAACUGUGCUUCACAAUUCCCCUGGGAGUCGGUGGAGAAGGCGUUGAAGGAAGUGAAAGGUGGCUAUGCGCGAUAUGAUUACAAGCAUGCAGACGGACGGCAUUUGUCAAGAACCUUAUCUGCACAAGCAGAAAGGCUUUCUCCGAACCGUUCAUCGCCGGAAAUUCAAGAGACAGUAUCGUUCGUGUAUCAUGUUAUGGGGGGUGAUGGAUUUUCUGUGAUCCGGGUACCGGGGGAGAAUGAGUCGCGUAAGAUUGAGUGGACUACCAAAGAUACGUUUGCUAUUCCUGCAUGGAGCAGUGUUGUACAUACCAAUACCUCUCGGGAUGGAAAGGAUGCGUUUUUGGCUGCUAUCAAUGAUCGCCCUAUGGUUGAGGCAUUGGGUUUGAUGAGGAAUGCCGCGACGUUCACAGGUCUAGUCGAGUAG